UUGUCUUUGAUAAUCGAGCCAUUGAAAAAAAAAACAAAAUUGUUUUUUAAUGUUUUUUUCUUCUUUUUGGGUAAAAGAAAGUUUCUUCUUUUGCUGCAACUUGGAAAAAAAUUUCGAUUUCUCGAGAGAGAGAUAUAAGAGAGAGGGAAGGAGAUCACACAAAAAAGACUUUAAAUUUGUGAAACAAUUUUAUUUUUAGGGUUUUGUUUGAUUUUAUCUUUUCUCUCUUUUCUCUUUGUUUAGAGAAGGAAAAAAAAAAAACAAAAAAUGAAACUUCUGGGUUUGUUCUUCUUGCUGUUUAAUCUGUUUGUGUUUUCAUUUUCUCGGAAACUUCUUGUAACACCAAAGAUUGGUGGUGGUCUUCACGACGACGAAGCUGCUCUGUUGUUGAAGCUGAAGAGUAGUUUCUCUGAUCCAAAUGGACUUCUUUCUAGUUGGGUUUCCGACAGCUCAUCAAACCAUUGUUCUUGGUACGGUGUUGUCUGCAACUCUGAUUCGAGAGUCGUCUCUUUGAUUCUCAGAGGCUGUGAUGAGGUGGAAGGUGGUGGUAGUAGUAGUAGUCGUAGUCUUCAUUCCCCUGAUUUGUCUUCUUGUUCAAGAAGAAGACUUGGCGGUGAGAUCUCUCCAGUUGUGGGAGGUUUGUCUGAAAUUAGGGUUUUGUCUCUUGCUUUCAAUGAUCUGAGAGGUGAGAUUCCAGAGGAGAUUUGGGGGUUGGAGAAACUAGAGAUUCUUGAUCUUGAAGGUAACAGCUUUCUCGCUGGGGUUAGGGUUCUUGAUCCGUUGAAAAAAAAUGGAUUUUCAAGUUUCUUAAGCAAUGUUGUUUCUAGGAGGAGACUUAUGAGUUAUGAGGAUGAAGACGAAGUUGGUCCAAGCUCAGCUGCUGAUGAUUCCUCUGAUAAAUCUGGAUUGUAUCCGAUUGAGAUUGCUUCGAUUGUGUCAGCUUCAGUAAUUGUCUUUGUGCUUCUCGUUCUUGUGCUCUUGUUCAUCUACACGAAGAGAUGGAAACGAAACUCUCAGAUUCGUGUUGAUGAGAUCAAGGAGAUUAAAGUGUUUGUGGACAUUGGUAUCCCUCUGACGUAUGAGAUCAUUGUUAGAGCUACUGGUUACUUCAGCAACUCUAACUGUAUUGGUCAUGGUGGUUUUGGUUCGACUUAUAAAGCAGAGGUGUCUCCAACGAAUGUGUUUGCUGUUAAAAGACUCUCUGUUGGGAGGUUUCAAGGAGAUCAACAGUUUCAUGCUGAGAUCUCGGCUCUUGAAAUGGUUAGGCAUCCGAAUCUUGUUAUG